UGGAAACAUUUUCAAAGAGUGGUCAUUAAUAAAGAAAUUAAGUCUCAAUGCAACUAUUGUAAGAAAUUACUUGCGGGUAAAUCAACAAAUGGUACAUCAACUAUGAAGCAACAUCUCAAUAGGUGUCCUAAGAGAAGAUUGGUAGGAGAUAUAACGCAAAUGUUUAUAAAAUCUGAUUUGAAAGGAGAGAUCUCUUCCGGUCCAUAUGAUGAAAAAAAAAGAAGAGAGAAAUUAGGAAAGAUGAUCAUUAUGCAUGAUUAUCCUCUUUCGAUGGUGGAGCAUAGUGGAUUCAAAGAUUUCACAAGUACCAUUCAACCUCUUUUCAAGUGUCAUUCUCGUAAUACUUUGAAGAAUGAUAUCAUGAGGAUUUACAGUGAAGAAAGAGAUAAAGUGAUGAGUUUGAUUGAAAACAUUGACAGUAGGGUGGCUAUUACAACAGAUAUGUGGACUUCUAGUAACCAAAAAAGGGGUUUUAUGGCUGUUAUAAGACAUUUCAUUGAUAAGUCUUGGACAUUGCAUAGCAAAAUUUUGAGGUUUAUCUAUGUCCCUUGCCCUCAUACAAGUGAUGUGUUGACCGAUGUGUUAAUUGAUGUUAUGCUUGGGUGGAAUGUGGACUCAAGAUUAUCCACAAUUAUAGUGGAUAAUUGCUCUACCAAUGAUAGUAUGAUUGGUAAGAUUAAAGCAAAAUUGAAUGUUGGAUGUCUUUUGAAUGGUGGAUCCUUAUUGCAUAUGCGUUGUUUUGCCCAUAUCUUAAAUCUUAUUGUUAAGAUUGGUUUAGAUGUGAUUAAACAUGCCAUUGAUAAUGUGAGGGAAAGUGUAGUUUUUUGGACAGCAUCUCCAAAAAGAAUAGAAAAGUUUGAGGAUGUUUGUCGACAAAUGAAAGUGCCUUAUGCUAAAAGGUUGGGUUUGGAUUGUCCUACUAGAUGGAACCCUACUUAUUUGAUGCUUAAAACUGCUUUGGUUUAUAAGUCUGUAUUUCCUCGACUUAAAUUGUUUGAAUCCCAGUAUAAGAAUGUGCCAAGUGACAAGGAUUGGGAAACUGCAAAGAAUGUUUGUGAUAGAUUAGAGUUGUUUUAUAAUGUAACUGAGUUGUUUUCUGGGACAAAAUAUCCAACUGCUAAUAUGUACUUUCCAAUAAUUUGUAAGGUUAAGUUGACAUUGAAUGAGUGGGUCAAGUCUCCUAAUGAAGUGAUUAGUACAAUGGCAAAAAGCAUGUCAGAUAAGUUUAAUGCAUAUUGGAAUGUGAUACAUAAGUUGAUGGGUGUUGCUGCAGUGUUAGAUCCUAGGUAUAAGAUGACUUUUCUUGACUUUAACUCUCCUAAGGUCUAUCCUUAUGACUAUGAUGAACAAAUUAGCAACAUCAAGUAUCUUUGUUAUGAUUUGAUGGAGGAAUAUUACAUUAAAAAGAACAAAGUGAAUGAUGUGAAUAACCAAGAAUGUACAUUGGAUGGGAGUGUUUUUUCUUAUACUGUUGUGGUCAUUUGUUAA